UGACGUCAGAAAUACAUUUUUUUGUUCCCAAGCCUGGAUCUUACUGCAUUUUGUCAUCCUUGAUUAAUCUGUACAUUUCUGGCGCGGGCCAAGCGCGGGCCGGAAACUGAAAAGUGGGGGCAGGUUUAACGAUGGACCAACGCGUGAAAAAGCGUGUGCUGCAUGCCGGCCGGGGCUCCCUGUCACCAUUCGCCGACGGAGACCGGGUCAAGUUUCACUUCCGAUCGGAGACGACAGAUGAGGAGCCGGUCUUACUCGACGAUUCGCGCAAAUACAAGCCCAUGGAGCUGAUACUGGGGAAGCAGUUCAAACUCGAGGUGCUCGAGGCGUGCGUGAAGACGAUGCUGCUGGGGGAGGUAGCGGAGUUCACCAUCGACAAGGCGCUGCUGCACGCCUACCCGAUCGUGGCCAAGACGCUGCGCGCCGCGUGGGACCCGGCGCACAAGCCGCCGCCGACCGCCUCCGGCUGCUGCGGGAUGAUGAUGGCCGCCCAGCAGCCGCAGAUCGGCUACCCGGACCUAGACGGCCUGCUCCAGCGGCCACAGAACCUGCGCAUCGUCAUCGAGCUGCUCUCCGCAGAGGCCAAGAGCGACUACGAGCGCGAGUCGUGGGCCCUCAACGAGCAGGAGAAGCUGGCCUCUGUUACCGAGCUGCGCGAGCGCGGCAACGCCCUCUACCGUGACGGCAAACACGAGGCGGCCGCUGAGAAGUACGCCGACGCGCUGGGCCGUCUCGAGUCGCUGAUGUUACGAGAGAAGCCGCAGGACGUGGAGUGGAACAAACUCAACGAGCUGAAGCUGCCGCUGCUCCUCAACUUCGCCCAGUGCAAGCUGCUGGAGGAUGACUACUACGCAGCCAUCGAGCACUGCUCCACAGUGUUGGAGGCGCGACCUGACGACGUUAAGGCGCUGUUCCGGCGGGGCCGUGCGCGUGCACGGGUCUGGGAGACUGAGGCUGCACGUGCCGACCUGAACCGGGCGGCAGAGCUCGACCCGAGCGUGGCGGCGGCGGUGCGCCGCGAACUGGCCGCACUGGCAGCCAGAGAGAAGGAGAAACUCGCUGAGGAGAAAGAACAGCUUCGAGGGAAGAUCUUCACAUGAAAGGCUGUGAGCUUCCGUUUUGUGUGUGUUAUGUGUCGGUAUGUGUCAAAUGUCAAUGCGGUUGCGUGUGUUGAAAUAGGUCUAUGUUUAUAUGUAUGCAUGUGAGUUUUGCGCGGAGCAUAGCGGCCAGAAGAGCACAUUUUUGUCGUUCAUUUGCAGAAAAUUAUGUCAUACGCAUGCGUACGUCGUAACGUUGUCCACUUUAACUCGAAAUUGCUGCAUUGCAUAUUCAAUUUUUAAUUUGACGUGGUGAUGUCCUUGUGUUUGGACUGGCAAUGCUAUAACACAUUUGGUGUGUUGAGUUUCUCACCUGUGAUACUAUAUGUGAGUACUGCAUCUUUGACCUGCAUUAUCUAAAGCGUUGGUAUUUGAUUGUUUUCAUGCAAAGCAAACUACGCUUAUUCUUGGUUUCUAAAGUCAGUUGUGUGCGGAAGUUCAUUACUUAUUUGCCUUAGUAAUGGCUCCUGACUUAACAGUGCCAUGCUUUAUGUUUGCCAAUAGUAGGCUAGCAUUGAUUAUAAGCUUAUUUGUUGUCACUAGUUGUUUUACAAUGGUCAAUGCAGAUAUAAUAAAUGCACAGAACUGUGA